GUGCAGUCAGUCGCUGUGCCGUGCCUCGAGCCAUCACUGAGUGGAGCCUGUCUGCCAACAGCUUCAACAGCGGCUCUACCAGGACCAUACUACACUCACUGACAAUUAAAGGAGGCCCUUUUUCUUCUUAUUUUCGAGGACUGUUCUUCACCAUGGGUGACAAAAAGAGCCCUACCAGGCCAAAAAGACAAGCCAAACAAACCGCUGAUGACGGCUACUGGGACUGUAGCGUCUGUACCUUCAGGAACACCGCCGAGGCUUUCAAAUGCAGCAUCUGCGAUGUGAGGAAGGGCACAUCGACAAGGAAACCCCGGAUCAACUCCCAGCUGGUUGCCCAGCAGGUGGCUCAGCAAUACCCGAUGCCUCCCCCACCCAAGAAGGAGCGGAGAGAGAGGAGCGAGCGCAUAGACAAGGAGCGCCCGGAGGGUGAAGGAGAGCGAGCCAACGGAGAAGGACGCCCACAGGUCGAACGUCCAGAGAGAGUGAGGCCAGAGGGAGACACUCCUGAGAAGGAAAAGAGCGACAAGGAGCAGCCAAUCAAAGACAAACCCGACAGAGAGAAGGAGAUCAGCCCAGCUCUGACGAAGAAGCCCAGCAGCAAAAAGACCAGACCCAAAUCUGACAGCCAUCAGAGUUCACCCAGUGACAAACACAGCAUACAGUCUGGCAAAUCAGCAACCAAGACCAACAAGAACUCUCACAUUUCCAGGCCCAAACUGAAGAACAUUGACCGGAGUACUGCCCAGCAGUUGGCUAUCACCGUAGGGAACGUCACGGUGAUCAUAACAGACUUUAAGGAGAAGACCCGCUCCUCCUCCACAUCUUCAUCCACCGUCACAUCCAGCGCGGGCUCCGAACAGCAGCACCAGAGCUCCGGUUCCGAGAGCAUGGACAAGGGCUCGUCACGCGCCUCCACCCCAAAAGGGGAUCUCUCUGUGGGGCAUGACGAAUCGUUCUGAGGUCCCGCUGCCAUCCUCCACCACCUAUGACCCACCCUUGCACCGCUCCCCCCUUUCCCCAUGUUUCUGGACACUAUGGAUCCCACAGGGGGAGGGAUUUCACCUUUUCCCAUCGCCGACCCGCCUUCAUUCCACGAUCUCCCCUGGAUGCUAAGAGGAACAGUGAGGUGCCAUCUUUUACGGAAAACAAGCGCCCCCCGCUUGGCGAAUAUCCCUCGUGGUUACACCUGUGGCACAGGCGAGGAGAAGUGGCCUACACGGAAUAACACCCUCAUUCCUUCCCCUCAGCCCCCUCCCCAGUAGCAUCCAGACACUUGUAUGUAUUGUUUUAUAUUUGUACGUGGAUGUGAGGCCAAGUCAACUUUUUUUUGUUUGUUUGUUUUGUUUUGUUUUUGUAAAGAAGAAUUCUCCGCUGGGCACAAUAACCACCACUUUUUUUAAUAACUUUAAAACUAUUAUUACCUUUAUUUAUUACCUGUUGCACCUGUAUACUUUGAUAUUCUCCUUUUUAUGUUGAAGCUUUGCUGUGUAGCUCUGCAGAUCGAUCGUUCCUUCAGUGUUUUUACUACAGUCUGAAAACAAUAGGACAACACACACACACGUCAGAUACAACACACAUAUACACUCACACACAUACACACACUGGUGCUAGAUACACUGUGAAGCGGUUUUGCAGAUCUGGGAUUGCCCAUUCGCUCAAUGUGACAAAGUGCUGAUGAAUCAAAUUCUCAUUCACUUUUCUCAACAACACUGUCUCGCUGAACACUGUCGGGACCUCCAGGUCCGUCUACUUUUUCUGUACAGGUCAUUGUGCAUCAGAAGAAGGUCACCUAAAGUUCAGACACCUGACUUUUUCAACUAGAUUGUCUAUGAUUUAGUAUGCUAUAGCAGAUCUCUUAUACAGUAUCUUAUGUCUUUAACUGUACAGUGUAGGCUGUUGUGUAAAACACUAAAAGCUGUCAAUAUUUUUCUGCAUUUGGUACUUAAAUAUUGAGUUUUCUGGCUGCAGGCAGAGCUGUCCUCUCAGCUGGUGAGGAGCCAGAGCAUUUUCUGUUGUGACUGAAUGAUGGUUAAAAGCAGUUCCACUUGGUAAAACCAUAUCGAGCUGUAAAAAUAGGCCUGUUGUGUCAAGCUGUUGUGAGUCGAUUUUAUUUUAUUUUUCCUCCUCCACCUUCUUUCUUUUCUUUUUUUGUGGUCCUGAAGUCCACCCAGAAAACAGAGUGCAGAGACGAGAACAAUUUACAAAGACUGACAAUUCAAUUGACUUGUUUUUAUUUGUAUUAAUUUAAGACUCCUGUCAUUGAAGGCAAAACAAUAUUGCAGUAGUUAAAUAGAAGACAAUUGUUCUUUCAAUUUUAAUGCAGCAAGGCUUAUUUAAGGGUUUUAAUUCACGUUCACCUUAGCUGAUACUAGACCAACAUAAUUUCCUUUUAACUGUAUGAAAUUGUAUAAAGAAUAAAUGUGUAUAUGAUAUCUUAGUUUUAUUUAUUGAAGGACCAAAGGAAUUUCAUAAUGACAUGAUACAUAGACAGAUGAAUAACAAUUUGAAAUGCAAUUAUCUAAUGUGUGAGAUGAAUAACAGUUUAAAUAAAGACUAAUAUAAUCCAUGUAAA